AAUAAAACAAAUGAAGAGAUUAUUGAGGAAUGCUCAAAUUUUAUCAAAAUAAUCGCGAUAUUACCAUCAUGAUCCAGCCAGUAGAGCCUUAGUGGGAUCACCUUAAGAGAUUGCUCCUCCUGUGCACUUCAAAUUAUAUUAUCUCCCAGACAAUGUUGCCAAGACUGGAUAGGGUAUGAGACACCCUCACUUUAAUGCAUAUUAAAUGGAAGGAGUUACCACAUAUGACAAUUGGGAAUACAAAUAUUAUGGCUAAUGGUGGCAUAUUGGAUCUAUUUUCUGGAAUUCUUUAAUGUUAUUCUACCCCUUAUUAUUGUGGCUUGUUAUCGAGUAGAGUCAGCAAGAAGCACUUUUGGCGAAGGAUGACAUGUUUAAGAAAUAUUUCAACGAAGCUGGAGGAUUCUAUUAAUACACAUUCAUAGGCCCAGAAACCACUUUAAAUUAUUGAAGCAUUCAUUGAAAAAUAUAAAAAUAUAUUAAAUAUUACAUAA